AUGAAUUGCCACAACGACACACCACUACCCCAGUUCAGAAUUUGGCAGCAAAACCUCAGAAAAUCAAUUAACGCAUGGGAACAUAUGCUAGCAGAACUCAACCCGGAAGUCUACGAUCUCGCAUGUAUCCAGGAGCCUUACCUCAAUCCAGUCAACCUCGCCAACGCAUCAAACUUACGGAAAUAUUGGGACGUAAUCUACCCGACAAAUCACCACAGUGGAACCGAACGCACACAAUCUAUCCUCCUUGUCAACAAGAAACUAUCCAAGAACAAAUGGCAUAUAAUCCCGCUCGAAACCCCCAAUGUGACAGCUAUAGAACUAACGGGCGAUUUUGGCAAGGUGCGUAUCUACAAUAUAUAUAACCCUUGCGACCACAACAGAACCAUA